UCAACAGCAGGCGGCGAGAGAAAAGCGGCGACGUCGCCCGAGCCGCAUAAUAGGCGAGUCUUCCCCUUUUCCCAUUCACCGCUUCAAGGCCUAGGAGCUGGGGGCCCCCUGAUGGAGCGGCGGAUCACCGCGUCUGGUGGCCUGGUUGGUUUCAAGCCGGAGCAAUUGAUUGGAGGGUGUUUCCAAAGAAGAUUUGGCAAAGAAGAAAUUGAGCAAUUUCCAAAUUGCUGAAAUGCAUUCUAGCUAACUUGCAUCGGUGAUGGAUUCAGCAUUUGAUUGAAUUGGUAUGUACAAAUACUUAAAAUUUAUGGGCAUGACAGGAUGAAACGCAACAGACAUUUGAGCAGCAGUGACAGUUCAGACAAUGAGAGCCCUUCAACAUCAUUGUCCUCUCAUUCAAAGUACACGAGUGACCGGCAUGCCUUGUCGCGUGGGAAGAAGAAGCCUGCUGAGGUAUUUAGGAAGGACCUCAUCAGUGCCAUGAAGAUUCCAGACUCCCACCAUGUGAACCAGGAUGAAUAUUAUCUCUUGGCUGAUCAGUGGAAGCAGGAAUGGGAGAAAGGAGUUCAGGUUCCAGCUAGUCCAGAAACCAUUCCAAAUCCAUCUGUUAGGGUCAUUGUGGACAAGGUUAAAGAGACUUUGUUCACUAAACCACGGAAAUAUAUCCGCUGCUCCAUCACUGAACCCUCAGACCCUGGAUACUUCAACAUCCUGGAACUGGCAGACACUGUGUGCCGUUAUGACUUGGAUGACGUGGACAUUUAUUGGUUACAUGCUGCGAAUGAAGAACUGAAAGAAAUGGGAUGUGGUUUGAUCCAUGAAUGUACUAUGGAGAAAACUAUAGAAGCACUGGAGCGUCACUGCUAUGAAAACAUGAACCAUGCCAUAGAAACUGAGGAAGGGCUAGGAAUUGAGUAUGAUGAAGAUGUUAUCUGUGAUGUAUGUCGCUCCCCUGAUAGUGAAGAAGGCAAUGAGAUGGUCUUCUGUGAUAGGUGUAAUAUCUGUGUCCAUCAAGCAUGUUACGGGAUUUUGAAAGUACCUGAAGGUAGCUGGUUGUGUCGCACUUGUGUGCUUGGAAUUUAUCCUCAGUGUCUUCUAUGUCCAAAGCAAGGUGGAGCAAUGAAAGCUACACGUGCUGGGACCAACUGGGCACAUGUAAGCUGUGCCUUGUGGAUACCUGAGGUCAGCAUUGCCUGCCCUGAAAGAAUGGAGCCAAUUACAAAAGUGUCUCACAUUCCACCAAGCCGAUGGUCAUUAGUCUGCAGCCUCUGCAAAUUGAAGACUGGUGCCUGCAUUCAGUGCUCAGUCAAGAGCUGCAUCACAGCCUUUCAUGUAACUUGUGCUUUUGAGCAUAGUCUGGAGAUGAAGACUAUUUUGGAUGAUGGUGAUGAGGUAAAAUUCAAGUCGUACUGCCUCAAGCACAGCAAAGGUAGACAGAACCAAGAUGGUGACUCUGAACAAAAUGCAAAACUCAAUGAGCAAAAACAGAAACAGACUGAAACAGAGAAGAAAGGUUUGCGUGCACAGAAACUUCAGGAGCUGGAGGAAGAAUUUUACACUUUGGUAAAGGUUGCUGAUGUGGCUAGUGAACUGCAUCUCUCUGAGCAGGUGGUAGAAUAUAUUUUUGAGUACUGGAAGCUAAAGCGAAAAAGCAAUUUCUGUAAACCGCUGUUGCCACCAAAGGAAGGAGAAGAAAAUUGUUUGAAUCAGCACAAGGAGGACCGGAUUCAUUCCAGAAUGAAGAUGUUCAUGCAUCUGCGCCAAGACUUGGAAAGGGUGAGGAACCUUUGCUACAUGGUGAGCAGAAGAGAGAAAUUGAAGUUGUCACAGAGCAAAGUGCAAGAGCAACUUUUUAAUUUGCAUAUCCAACUGAUGAAUCAGCAAAUUGUUGCUGGGCUUCCUUUGACAUUACCACGAGAAGGAUUGAUGUUCCAGGACCCUCCAAGAAUCACAAUAAAACUAAAAACAGCCUCAAAACCCUCGCAAAACAUCAACAGUGGUACGACCGCUACUGCCAAUGGUCCACUUUCCCUCAACGUUGAUGGUAGUUUGUACAGUAAAAACAAUUUGGCAAUACCACAAGGCUCAAGAACUAGUGAAAAGAAGUUACAGUCCAAUCACUGGCUUAAACCUGAUGACAGAAGCAACGGACUGUUGCUAACUGGUAGUCGCCAUAAGCAGAAUGUUCAAGCGGGUAGUUCACUGCUAUCCCCCGAAUGUCACGUGCAGCAGACAUCUGGCAAGCCUGCAACGCUUCACAUAACACUACGUGGACAAUCAGCUGAUGCCAAUGGAAAGAUGCGAGACAACAAUAAACCAGGGUUACAUAAAUCAAAUGGCUUAAGAGGAAGAUCAAGCAUUAUUAUUCAGAGAGACUGUUCCAGUCAAACGACCUAUGACAAAGUGGCAACUCUUACAAACCAUUUUGCCAACCAGGGCACUUUCAGAAAAUCAAAGUUGGGGGAAUUUAGCCAGCCUUGCAAAGACCGAUUGGAUGGUUUAGUGAGGACUUCAGAAGACUUGCAAAACUGUGAAAAGCCUCUAAAAAGGGGAUCGGCCAAAGAUCACCUGUGGAGUAAGCAGCUUUCUGAGCACAAGACAAUGGCAGCAUACCAAGAUAACGAUGGUUACUGUCCUGAUGUUGAAUUGAGCGACUCCGAGACUGAAACUGACAUUAGGCAGGAAAGGAGCAGGCUACGGAAAAGAAACUCUGAAGAAAAUCCUAGCCAAGACUAUGGGAGAGAUUCUCGGUCACGGCAACACAACAAGGACAGCAGACCUAGGUUAAACAUGCUUUGUCACAUCAAUUCAGUACAGAGGUGAUCAAUACUUGAAUGACUGAGGACAUUGUGCUAAAUGUAAUUGAGCCAAUAUUUAGUCCCUUUUUUUUUAUAGCUCUGUAUGGGCAGCAAUAUUUGAAUUUGCCGUGGAUUACACUCCAGAAUGUUCUGCCCUGUGAACAGAGAUGAAUGACAAGUGUAUUUCUAUCAAUGUUUUUACAGAUGCAAGUUUUACUUUAAAAUUAAAUGCCUUAAGGUGAUCUUGGGGCAUUACAACAA